ACAGUGACCAGGGCCGCCUCGACGAACCAGACCCUUUAUGUACUACUACCGCACGCCGUCAGCCGUGCUACCCCCAAAGCGAAGAUGAUUGCUCCUCUUGGUAGUAGCGGCAUUAUCAAGGUCACAGUCGCCCGGCAGCCACAGACCACAUGGCCUCGUCAACGGCAUUCUGUCCUAUUCUGCUCCUUUUCCGGUAUGAGACUCUCGAAAGGGUCGGCCUAUCACGACCUGACGACUUCAAGCAAUUCGCCGAAAAAACGGCGGAGAUUCCACUCGCCAAGCAGGGAAUCAGAGCAUCUUGCCCCAGAGGUGAACAUGGUCCCGAUGGUGCAUUCCGUAACAAGUACACCUUCACUUCCUCAUCCCCCGGACUUCGGUUUCUCCGCACUCUGGGGAAGGGUCGUCGGAGAGAAUCCACCACUAAGCCACGCAGAUAACGUGCGAGUGGUCUCCAUCCUGAGACUCCUGGAAGGAUCGAUGAUCAUUGAUUGGACAGGGGCGGCCCAAAAUGCCCCCAGGUGUUUUAGGUCGGGGUGACAUUCCUCGCAAAGACCGAGGAGCGAGAGACUUCCAGCAUCUCUUGGCAUUGAUACUGUGGGGGUUUGUUUGUCUUUUCCCCGCAUUUUGUAGUGGUUGAAAUGGUUUUAAGGUUAACUACCGGUGAAUUCUCAGGGAGAAGCCAAUUGUGAGCUUCCACGGUUCGUACGCACGUUGGUGGCUGAGCUUGCUGAAGUGGUAGAGAGCUUGCAUGUUUUCUUUUCCUCCCCAGAAACGUGACGCUGAUUCCUCCACAUGGACCUGAGGCAUCCAGAGGCAACAAUCACAAAGCAUCAAA